GCUGUAUGGUAUAGUCAAGAGGAAUUGGUAGAGGGCAGGCGGGAGGAUUUAGGAUGGAAAGGUGAUUGGGUGGUGUAGUUUCUCGUCAGUGGUUCCGUGCCGUUCCGUGUAGUUUAUGGGAAAGACGUCGCGAAGAGAAAUCGUGGAAGCCCGUGAUAAAACGCAAAUGGCCGCUCGAAUGUUUAAGAGCGGGUCGGGUUUACGCGCAUGACGUUUUCUCCGUGGUGAGUGAUUAACGGGCACGACGUCGAGAUGUAAAAUAUACGGCGCGUAGCGAUCGUUGGUUAAAGUGAGCAUGAUGUGAUCGGAUCGGAUCAGAUCGGGUAGGCGGAAGGGAAGCGUGAACGGUUGUUUCCGUGGCGGGCGAUGGACGGUGAGAAGAGCAGUGGCAGUGCGGUGAUGAAAUCAGUGUCGGAGGGUGAGUUGGGCGUGGAAGAGGUUAAAUUGUCCGAGGCGAAAACACGGGAUUCCGCGUCGCGAUUGAAACGCACGUUCACGUUGCCAAGGAAUCCAUUUCAAAGUGCCGGUAGGAUGUCACGGCGACGUCCGAAACAACAGGCUCGUGACACGAAAGACAGCGGUAGCGGAAUGAGCGGCAAAGAAAGAAACAAUAUGCAGCAGCAGCAGCAGCAGCAGCAAGUAGAAAGCAUGCAACAAAAUGUGGGCCGAUUGCAAAGCGGCGGUCAAGGGUACCCGGAGAGGACCGGUGUAAAGAAAGUGUUCCGCAGGCCGUCUUGGAGGAAAUUUAUCAACAAAAUGGUACAACACAUGUCGAACGUGGCCACGCAAAACCAUAAAACAGCCCACAGAGACGAUCUUGGCUCCAGUGCCGGAGAUAUAAGGGUGCCUCCACCUAGACCGGCGCAUAUUCCACCGGAUAGAGUACCAGGGGUGAUAGGUUUACGCAAUCACGGUAACACGUGUUUCAUGAACGCCGUGUUGCAGUGCCUCUCGCACACAGACAUACUCGCCGAGUAUUUUGUGUUGGACCAGUACAAGGUCGAUUUGUCCCGACGGAAUAAACUCAACUCGAAGAAAUACGGAACGAAAGGAGAGAUCACCGAACAGCUAGCCCUUCUGUUAAAGGCCAUCUGGAGCUGUCAGUACGAUCCCGAGAUGAGCACGGCGUUUAAAAGCGUCGUCGAUAAAUACGGAAGCCAGUAUAGGGGUAAUUUGCAGCACGACGCUCAAGAGUUUUUGCUCUGGCUAUUGGAUAAAGUGCACGAGGAUCUAAAUCAAGCGACAAAAAAAAAAUAUAAAAUCAUCAAGAAUUCGUUUGGGAGACCGGACGACAUCGUUGCCGCGGAAACGCUAGCGAAUCAUGUCCGGUGCAACAAUUCGUUUGUGCACGCUGUGUUUCAAGCCCAAUUCCGAUCUAGUCUUACUUGUCCGAGAUGUCAUCGGCAGUCAAACACGUUCGAUCCUUUCCUCUGCGUGUCCGUGCCAGUUCCUCAAAGUCAUCGACAAAUGAACCUGUUUGUAAACGUGUUGUAUACGUCGCAGCAACCGCGACAAGUAAAGAUCGGUGUGAGCGUAAAUCAAGCGGCUAACGUGAGAGAGCUGAGGGAAAUUUUGGCCAGCGACACCGGUAUCGAGGAAAAUCACAUGUUGCUCACGGAAAUCCACGACGAAGGAUUUCACAGAACUUUCUCAGAUUGCCAACCUCUGUCUGUGAUCACGGAAAACGACCCACUCUACUGUAUAGAACUACCGCAACUCAAGGAACCUACGGAGCAGGCAUACAUUCUGUUGGUAUGGAUCAACGUUCUCGCGAAAGGAGAGUUGAGGCAACGGUUCGGCAGUCCGUAUACGAUGCAAGUGUCGAGGGAAACGUCCUACGAAGAUUUACAAAAGCUACUGCUCAAGGAGAUGCAUACCGUUUUACUCGACGACGUCCUUACGUCCAGUCAAAGUCCUGGCCUCUUCAACAUUCGAGUCGCGGAUCCAGCAGCUACGCCUAUCCAAGACGAGCAUCCUUGCAUAGAUCCUUGCGUCGAACAUCCUCUUUACACGGAGCAAAUCGAACAAGCAUUGGCUCUCUGCGCGGAUGAUUCUGGUCCUCAGCACGUUAAAUUGAUCCUCGAAUGGGACGAAUCGACCAAAUGCAAUAUCAUUCAAGAUGACACCGAUCAAAUCGAAGAACACGCGAGCGUGAAACAAUUAAAGAGUAACUCGGAAGUGGGAGGAGCUGUUACGCUCGAGGAAUGUUUCGAUCUGUAUACGAGAGCCGAGAUAUUAGGGGCCGAAGACGCAUGGCACUGUCCGUAUUGCAACAAGAAACAACAAGUCGUGAAGAAAUUGGGACUUUGGUCGUUACCAGACAUUCUGGUUAUUCACUUGAAAAGAUUUCGACAGCAGUCCAAGCAGAGAUCAACCUCCAAAUUGACCAUGUUGGUCGAUUUCCCUUUGUACGGUUUCGACAUGACUCCUCAUCUAGCUCAUAACGGAGUUCAGACGCAUAAUAACGUCGGCAGUCUAGGAGGCUUGGGCUGGUCGCCUUGGAAGAAACCGAGACCUCGCCAGCAAAAUAUUCCAAAGUACGACGAGAACGUUUACGAUCUUUACGCGAUUUGCAAUCAUCAUGGUCAAGAUUUGCAAGGCGGUCACUAUACCGCCUUUUGUCGAAAUCCUUACGACACUCAGUGGUACUGUUUCGACGAUACUCGCGUAGAAGCGGUCAACGACACCAAUUUGAUUACAAACGCCGCGUACAUGCUCUUUUACCAACGAAGAGGUUUGACCAACAAUUCCGGUUGUUCGUCGGCCGCCUCGACCAGUUCGGCCGGCUCAGGGCUCGAUCAUUGGGUUUCGAAAAUGCCACCGUUUUACUUCAACAACAAGACUAAUAGUAACGUUGCCAACAAUAACCAAAGUAAAUCGCAGGAAGUAUUGUGUCAGGAGAAGAUUGUGGAAGAGAAGAAUAUCAACAACUUUAACAGAGGUUGUCGCAAUUAUGCCACCUUGCAACCUAAAAAGAGAACCGUUGCAACGGAAACGGACAUUGGCCAGAUCGAUCAUUAUUCCGACGACGAAGCACCUUGUAGAAGAGAAUGGGCUUCACCGAAACCUAUUAGAAAAAUGUCAUCCAUCACGUUAACGCCGCACGUACCGCAAUCCACCAUCAUCCAUAGCAGCAGUGAUCCAGACACGACGAUAAUUCACGAGUCAACGUUGUAACACACGAUUUAAGCCAGAUGAAAUCUGGCUCAAGCAACGCUCAAUAUACAGUGCCUGGAAUAUCGUGUGUGGUGUAUGGUGUGUGAUGUAUGGGGUAUGUUGUGUCGUAAACUUUCCCAAAACGCUCAAUAAUCCAAAUUAAAAGGCAACUUUUCGCGAUGCUUGAAUCCGUUAAUCCUUUACCGAGACAAGUCGAUAUACAGUAAUUUCAAUUUCAAUUUCAAUUUCAAUUUCAACGCGAAUCUAUGCUUUCUAUUAAUAGUUGGAUGGCGAAGCAGCGAAAGAAUAUCGAUACGUGCCUACUACAUAUACUAUUUUUCCAUUUUCUUUUUCUUUUUCUUUUUCUUUUUCUUUUUUUAUCCAUACCUUUUUCUAAGAAAAAUCAAUCGCGAUAUUCGACGAAUGAUUUUUCUCGAUGAAAGAGAAACUCGUGGCAUUAGUGAUUUCUGUCUUUUUCUUCUUCUUCUUCUUCUUCUUCUUAUUAUUAUUAUUAUUAUUAUUAUUAUUAUUAUUAUUUAUCCUUUUCUUUUCUAAUUUAUAACGUGUUUGUAUACAGACAUUGCGUGAAUCGUAUUGUAUAUUGUAGUUGUUGGUAGACUUUUUAAGAAAAGGACAAAUAUUAUAUUCGAUACGAAAAAAUACGAAUCUAUCGUUACGAAUCGUCUAUUGUUAAUACGUACAUCUUCAACGCAUUAGGUAAUUAGUUCUACAUAUGUUUAGGAAGAAUGUAUUUUUAUUUCACGAGUCAGUGUACUAACUAAUGGUACGAAAGAAUGGUGAACGAAUGGUUUCGGUCGUAUCGCGUCAAACAAAGAAUUAAAGAAACCGAAGCGAGGAAUACCGGCCUCCUUCCUCCUUGUCGGUUAAUACUUUGUAAAAUGGAAAUCAUGAAAAUAAAAAGUAAUAUUUUACUUGAUCAAGACGACAGUUUCGUAACAGUAUGUACAAAAUAGAAUCAAUUUCUGUUCUUACUUUUUGCGAAAGUAACUUGUACGACGGUCGUUACAAAAUUAUUCUGCAAUAAUCGGCUACUAAACAUUCGUAUUUGAGACAGGUGUCGUACCGCGACGCCAACUUUUGCGAUCCUCGUUGAUUUCCAGUACUGGAAAUUUACUCGGCUUUGGAUAGAUAUCCAAAUUAUUUAUUUAUUUAUUUAUUCAUUUACUUACACGAAAAAAAAUAAAAACAAGAAAGUACGAUAUCAAAAUUUUUCUCUAACACGAAUACAAACUUAUUUGACUAAUCAUUUCGAAUAAAUUACAACGGAGAUUGUUGAACGGCAGUAUACUCCAGAACCAGCUUCGGAAGUUCUUAAUUAUUACAAAUUUACUAUACGCGUGCUACGAUUCGUGCAUUACUAGUAUGUGCAUGUGCCUCUGUCAUUCCCACCACUUUAUUAUGUGGCACUGUAAGUUGGUCGUAAUUCAGAGCCACUCGAAGCUGACCUGUGUAAACAUCUCCGUACACGACGAAUACAUUCGACCGUCCUUGUUUUACCAUACAUGUGUGCGUGCGUAUGUAUGUUUAUUGUACAACUUUUCUGUUCAAUUUGCUUUGUUUACCAUCGUUUGAUAAAUAUAAAAGACCCGAUAGCGUAGCAAUUUAUUUAAAAGUACGGUCUGCUGAAUACAUUGGCUGAUAUUCACCGUGUGGUUUCGUUUGUUCAUCUUCAUUCGGAGCAUAUGGAAAUAUGACAAUAACUCGAGUCCUGCGCGUGCCAGAAUUUACGUAUUAUGCUUAGCUUUGUUUAGAAAAAAUAAUUCUUCUCUAGACAUAUUAUGUAGUCGUUAACCGUUGCUUUCGAUCUAUGUCUAAUAUUUAUAUUGUAUUUGUAUCAUCCACUAGUGGCCUUAUCUGAAUAAUUAAUAUACAUAUGUAUAGCUGUCAUGUGCAAUUGUAUAAGCAUACUUGAUUAACUUGGAGAGCGUUUUAUCAGUGUACAUCGACGUUACAUCGCGAAAGUCACCCAGUUAGAAAACGUGUAUUGCCGACACUUAUUUUGAUUCUGACAAAUCGUUGACCAAGAAAAUGUGUACACUGGCACCGUUGACUUUGAUUCUUCCUGAUUUGUGAUUGGUACAAUUGAAUUUGUGACACAGAAAAAAGUAUGUCUGUCCUGGUCAGGGUUGGCUCUCGUACGUAGUCGAUAUACAAACAUACAAGUGUAUGUAUACCCUUUUACCGAUUUUUCUUCUUUUUUUUUUAUAAAAUACUCUAAUAUCCCAGUUCGACAGCAACGAUCAUUCCAUUUAGACAAGAUUAGUAGAAAACGAUGGGAAGCAAGCGCAUGAAAGUGAAAGAGGAAGCGAAAGAGAGAUUCCACGCAUGUAUACGCGCGUGUGCACGUAUUAUUAUUAUUAUUAUUAUUAUUAUUAUUAUUAUUAUUAGCUAAUAAAAGUUAUUAGCUAAUGAAAGAUAUUUAAAUUAUUUUUAAGUAACAUUUAUUACUAGUCACACGUAUCGUGGACCGGUGUAGCGUGAAUAAAUUGAUGCCUGAGAUGAUGUAAUUGUAAAUACGAUAAAGUUAACGUCGAGCUAAGCCUCGAUUCUAUGAAACGAGACACGUUCUAUGGAGGCCAAACAGCGUACCGAAGUAUGCUCGUUAUAAUAGUAUUUCUACGUAAGAUAAUCGCUGCAACCAGUAUUCGGGUAAAAUUAAAUGCCAUGUUGGCUUCGAAAAAGCAAUAUCUACAUGUAAUAAUUUGAAUAUUUUUAUACUCGGAAAUCCGAGAAGAUUGCUCUUUUCGAAAUUUAGCACGUCAAAGUUCGAACGACACAUUAACGAUCGAACAAAAAAUGAAUUGUCGUCAUUUAUCAAGGAACCGACUACAUCUAAACAAUUUAAACGACCAUUGAGUUCGAUUAAAUGCAUAAGAUCUACUCGGAACCGCCGCGCUGCGUGCCAUCGUAAAACAAAAGUAAAAUAUUUUCGUGACACUUAACCUUACUUGGUUGUAUUAAUUUGUUUCAUUUAUAGGACAAAGUCACCUGCGCUUUGUUACAUUCUGUCUUAAACAUGGAACAAAUUAAUGUAACCGUGUGUACCUACAUUGAAAUGGGUGCGUGAAAUGUGUGUGAUUGAUAAAAAGGAAAUAAAGAGAGAAUGAUUGCCGCUGCCCGUUGUUGUUGUUGUUAUUAUUAUUAUUAUUAUUAUUAAUACGAGUUUAAACGGUUAUUGCGGCGAUUAUCGACUGAGGGAUACACUAGAGAUUAUUCGUAUCAUCGCUGCUACUUUUGUUGGAAUAAAUAGAUAAUGUAUAUAAAGGUAAAA